CUACGUUUUUCGCAUUUUUCGCGGCUCCUGCACCUCCUAGAGCAAAAAGCUCUUCAGCCCGGUGAGCACCCACGUUCUCCGUGGUGAUGCCUUACCGACAGGGACGUUUACCAUGCUAGUUCUUGCGCCACCGCUACGAAAUCUUGCGGUCAAAGCGGCUCCAUAAGCAUCAGCAGUCUCCCCUAUAAUCUCUGGUCAGAGCCACGCCAGUUUAGAGAGGUUACCCUGUGUCGUAAACAAUAAUAAUCCAAGGAAACAUUGAUAAAAACAAAGCGAAUGUGACGACAAUUGGAAAUUAUUAAAAAAUCGGAAGAUGUCAACAAGUUACAUAUCAUGUGCUUGCAACUGUCAACCCCGCGCUGUAGACUGGGGCACGAACGGUCUCGUAUGCUAUGGACACUCUAAUUCCAUCGCGAUCUACGACCCGGCCUGGGAGACGACCGGCAAAGUCGUCCAAACCCUGCACAAACAUUCUUCACAGGUAAAAAUAGCCCAAUGGAUCAAAACAGACGUAGACACUCCAGAAAGCGAGAUUCUGUCGGGUUCCCUAGACGGUUCUGUCAUCGUCUGGAGCAAAACCUCGGAAACGUUCGCCCCAAAUAUAACAAUAACCCUGGGGGGUGACUUGACAACAGUCCACGCCGUCUACCUCAAGAGCAACCAAGAAGAUCGGAGCGAGGAGACAGGAGAUAAUCGCCCCCUGUUGAUCUGUGCCUCUUCCUUCAAAGAAAUCUUCGCGAUCUGGUUGAGAACGUCUUCGGGAACAAUCUCAGAUAAACAAACACUCGAUCUAAAGGAAGACAUCGCCAUAGAAGCGAGGAUAAUCCACCUCCCUGAUUCUCAGAACACACCAGCCCUAGUGAUUGUCACGGACGACGCUACAAUUCACCUGUUCACGUGGAGCAGGUCUCCACUCGAUUCUGCACCUCUCAAACCGAAUUUCCAGUUGGCGAAACGACUAACCGGGCAUUCAGACUGGAUCCAAUGCCUCGACAUCAUGCAGGUCUCCCCGAAUGCGUCUCUGUUGGCGACCGGGUCUCAAGAUGGAACGAUUCGUUUGUGGAAAAUAUCGACAUGUUCUCACGAAAAACCCCCGGAAGAUCGAGUAAAUGAAUUUGCAGUGGACAAUCAGCUGUUUGAGGUGACUCUGGAGUCUAUUUUAAGUGGUCACGACCAUUGGGUUUAUGGGCUCCACUGGCAUCCACCUGUUCUGACUGAUGGGGAGUGGAAGAGGCCGAAUAAAUUGCUCUCGAGUGCUUUGGAUAAAACUCUGAUCAUCUGGGAGCCAAAUGCUGCUGGAGUUUGGAUGGAGACUGUUCGAUUGGGAAAAGUUGGGGGUAAUACAUUGGGAUUCUACGGAGGCAAGUUCAAUAAGGACGGAUCGAGUGUUCUGGCUCAUGGAUAUCAGGGAACGUUCCACAUGUGGAGGUUUAACGAGGAACUAAAGAGGUGGAUUCCAAGGACUGCCCCCAGUGGACACUUUUCUGAUGUCAGUGAUCUCCACUGGGAUCCGUAUGGACGAUAUCUCAUUACCACAAGCUUGGAUCAGACGACGAGGGUUCACGUUCCCUGGAGGAAAACAGGGGGUUCUGAAAUUUGGCACGAAAUUGCUAGACCUCAGAUCCACGGUUAUGACAUCAAUUGUCUGUCGAUUUUGUCACCUCAUUUGUUCGCUUCGGGAGCAGAUGAGAAGGUUGUGAGGAUUUUUGAGGCCCCUCUGUACUUCAAGAAGUGUCUGGAGGGACUGGAGUGGAGGAAUCCAAGGAAUGCUGGAGAUCGAGCUGCAGUUCCUGCCUUGGGGUUGACGAAUAAGGCUAUUGAUGGAGAGGGAAUUCAUGACGAGGUGGAGGACGAGGAUCUGAAGGUGGAAAGACCACCGACGGAGGAGGAAAUUGUUAGGUACACGCUCUGGCCGGAGUUAGAAAAACUGUACGGUCAUGGUUACGAAAUAUUCGCGAUGACUGCGAGACGAGAUGGAAGGAUACUCGCGACUUCUUGUAGAGCAACCAAUGCCGAGCACUCUAGCAUCAUCCUCUGGAGUACUAAGACCUGGGGACAAGUGCAGAAACUGGCUGUCCAUAGGUUGACCGUGACUCAGAUGGAAUUUUCCCCGAACGAUGAAUUUUUGGUUUCUGUAUCGAGAGACAGGAGAUGGGCUCUUUACAGAGCUCUCCAGGAUGCGACCGACGAUCAAAUUAAUUAUGAGGCGAUUCUACUAAGUCCUGCUGUCAAUGCCCUGCAUACCAGGAUCAUCUGGUGUUGCUGUUGGACUCCAGACUCGAAAUAUUUUGCCACUGGAUCCAGAGAAGGGAAAAUUGGAUUCUGGAGUGUCGACAGUCUUGUGAAAGGAGACAAGCCUGAACCUGUGGGGAGCUUGGAUCUCCAGGGCAAGUCUGUCACUGCCCUCGCCUUCCACAGAGUGAUUUUGAAAGACAAUUAUGUUUUGGCGAUUGGUGUUGAGGAGGGAAGCAUUCAAGUGAAGAGAAUCAAUUUCGAUAAAAAUGAAGGAACCUUUGUGGAUUGUUUGGAGCUGGACACUUCGACUGCCCAUCAUAAAACCGUUAAACGACUAUCGUUUAGACCAAACUGUACUGAGGGACUGGUGCAGUUGGCGAGCUGCAGCUGUGAUCGAGCUGUCAAGAUUUACGAUAUAGAGCUCUCAAAAAUCUUGGGAGAGGAUAUUUAAGUAAUAAAGAGAUUUCGGUAAACUCA